AAGAUAGCACUACUGGUGUGUAUCGAGGUUAUUUUCAGUUAGUAGCAUCUCUUGGAAGAACACACCAAGUUUCAGCCAACUUGAUCUAUUUCUCUGUAUGUGGCGUUCGUCUGAAUCGAGGAAGUCGAGUGAUUUCUAAAAAAUGGAUGAAAGAGAAUUUCGUGUGUUGAUCAAGCAUUACUUUAUAAAAGGCAAAUCACCUCAAGAGACUAAAAAAAGCUUGAUAAAUAUUAUGGUGAAUUUGCACCUUCGAUUAGAACAGUCUAUAAAUGGUUUCAAACGUUUCGGAGUAGCCAUAUGAACACAAGUGACGCUGAACGUUCUGGACGCCCUGUUGCGGUUACUACUUCAGAAAUCAUUGAUAAAAUCCAUGAUAUAAUGGAUGAUAGAAGAAUCAAAGUGCGUGAGUUUACUAAUGCUGUGGGCAUCUCGAGUGAACAGGUACAUAAUAUUUUGCACCAACAUUUAAGUGAAAAAGAGAUGAAAAAGUUAUCUGCAAGAUGGGUGCCACGAUUGCUCACAAUUGACCAAAAACGAAAUCGUGUGAAGUGUUCCAAGGAAUGUUUGCAGCUGUUCCAGCGAAAUCCACAGGACUUUAGGCGUCACUGUGGACGAAAUAUAGAUACAUCACUACAUGCCUGAGACCAAAGAACAGUCCAAACAAUGGUUUGUCAGCGGGGAAUCUGCACCAAAGAAGGCGAAGACCAUUCCUUCGGAAAGAUUAUGGCGACUGUCUUUUAACAAGGAAUAAUAUUCAUCGACUAUAAGGGAAAAGGGUAAAACUAUUACAAGUGAAUAUUGUUCAUCGUUAUUGAACCAUUUGAAAACCGAGCUGCAAAAAAAAACGUCCACGAUUGAACCACAAGAAAGUCCUUUUCCAUCACGACAACGCAUCAGCUCACUCCUCCGGAAUUGUAACCGCAAAAUUGAUAGAGUUACGGUUCCAACUCGUUCCACAUCCCUCCUAUUCUCCAGAUUUGGCUUCCUCGGACUAUUAUUUAUGCCCCAAUGAAGAAAUGGCUAGCGGGAAGGAGAUUUCAUUCAAACGAGGAGAUGAUUGCGAAUGCCUGUUUUGCACAGUUGGACCAAUCAUAUUAUUCGGAAGGAAUCAACAAACUGGAGCAGCGUUGGACGAAGUGUAUAAGCCUAAAAGGAGACUACGUUGAAAAA